UAGCGCAACCUAAUUCCGAAGCACACAAUUACUUUCGUAUUCCCCAGAACGAUUAUUUGUUCUUAUCUAUUUAAUUUAAUUUAAUGCCCUUGUCUUCCUGUAUUCAUUCGGGACUUUUCUUGUUGCCUCCAAUCCGGUUUCUUUCAUGGUCAAAGAGAGAAGUUUAAACCCCACGUUCCCCUUCCGUCUGGGAACUCUAGCUGUCUCCUCGCAGUGGUGAUCGGCAUUUGUCGGUGGGUAUUUCGUAUCUUUGAUUCUGGGUUCUGUAAUCUCUUCACAACAACUAAGAAGACAUCUACCGAAGCAUUCAUGGUAGUGGGUUCCGAGCAAUUACGCGUGGCCUCCACGUUUAGUCGGUGAUUCAAAAACCAAUUAAUUGCUCUAGCCUCAGUUUUAUACAUGACUUUUGAGACGGGGCUCUCUCAACUUUCCUUGUUGAUGUGAAGAUGGAAAAGAAACGAAAGAUUGUGCAAUAUAGGGAGAGGCUGGACAAGACACUUUCCUCACCUGAUCUGAGAAACGAGGAGCCGCUAAAAGCCCUUGUCAAAAGGCAAUUACGUUCUUCAGGACAAGAAAUAGAAGGAUAUGAAUACGACGAGGAAGCAGUGGAGACCAGGGCCGCAGAAGUGUCCAAGUUUCUUGAUAUGUUGAGGAGUGUUUCUGCCGAUGGUAGUGACAGAUCUAAAACAUCACGCGCGGAUUGGAAAUUGAAGCAGGAUAAUGAAGAGUUUCGUGUUAUGUAUCGUGAAGGACCAGAGGGAACUCCGUUUCAUACAUUGCUAGCUGAAGGCUACGUUGAUGGCCCUGUAGAUGUUUGUUUAUGUAUGUCAUGGGAGACACCCCUUUACAAGAAAUGGUGGCCUCAGUUUACUGUUCCCACUUUCAAAAUCGUGGUGAGUGAGUGUUUGCAGAGGGUCCGGAUUGGGGAACAAUUAUCUCUAGUAAGGGUGAAGCUUUCAUGGCCACUUUCCACAAGGGAGGCUGUCAUGCACUAUUAUCUGUUUGAGUACUUCCAGGAUGACUUAAUUGUUGUCAUUAUAAAUACGAUUCCUGAUUCAAAGAGCUUCAAUGGGCAGCUUUAUGGUUUCAACAACGAUGCAAUUCCUGAAGCAAACGAUGCGGUUAGGAUUGAUGUGGUGGGAGGUUUUGCUUUGCAAAAGGUGACAUCAGAAAGAAGUUAUUUUCGGACGAUAGCAAACAUGGAUAUAAAGUUGGAUAUUGUACCUCCAUCACUUAUCAACUUCAUCUCAAGACAGCUCAUUGGCAGUGGCUUCAGACUUUACAAGAAGGCAGUGGCUUCGAUGAUGGACCAUGAUGAAGGAUUUAUUAAGGCUUUGGGGGAGCCAUUAUAUUCGAGACUUCGUGAAGCUCUAUAUGUUAUUAAUGGGUCAAAGAAGUCUACGGAUGCCCAAGGUGUAGACAUUAUCCGAGCCGAAGAAGUUAUUGAAAGUAAGCAAGAUGAUACAAAAGAUGUGUCUCGGGGGGAUAAGGGCAACUAUCAUGCUGAUGACUUCACAUCGAUGAAUGGAACAGCACUGGACAGUAGCAAUGCACAUGGUGAGAUUGUGGAGGCAGAUAGUGAAGAAACUGAGCGCAUUGAAGAGGAUGACGAGAAAGUAAAACAUAUUCGAAUUAAUGAAGUUAAUGCGAGUCAGUUAAAGGGCAAAAAGAAUGUACAUAUCAGAGCAGAGGUAGAGCAGGCUCUUGAAACAUUAGAGGAGGCCAUUUCAGCUGUUCGAGAAUAUGGAUUUCAUUCCUUCCAGCCCUCUCCCAGCUUCAACUUCACCUGUAAAGAGUCUCCGUCCAAGCAAAAGGAUGACAAACUUUAUACAUAUUCCUCAAAACCUGGUCAAUUGUGUUCCAAAAAUGAGGUUAGUACUGUCAAAGUAUUAAACGAAGAGAUUCUGGAGGAAAAUACUCAAGAAGCACUUGGGAAUAACCCUGACAUUCACAGCUUAAGGCGUACAGGCACAAAUUCUAAUUUAAAGGAAGUAAACUACAACAAAGUAGUACCAGCUUCUCCAGAGCAGAAUGUUUCAGUGCCUAUAUGUUCCUCAGAAAAGGGGGCAACAAAGACCCCAACUUUGGACCUAAAAACGCUGGACAGUAACGAGCAAUCAGAUGUGGAUGCAAUCCAAGAUAUGUCUUCUGAUCAGCCGAAGAAGUCAAGCGGGCUGAAAAAGCAUCAACACUGUUGUUUUCUGCCCUUGUUAAGAGGGAAAAGUUCGAUCGCCAAGAGCAGCAGAUGAGAAAAUCGGGUAAUUUCGGGCUUCUUGUCAACUUGGUAUUCGAGCAUUUAGGGCCCGAACUUUUUCCUUAGAGGUUCUUCCCUUUUGGUCGUCAACUUGCCCUUAAAUAUGCCAUAGAGGUUCUUCCCUUUGUUUUCCUCUUUGGGCCGGAAGGGGAACGUCGGGUUCAAACUGCUCCCUUUGAGUCGGAAUCGUUGAUGCGGGUAUUGUAACAUUAUGGUGGUUAGUUAUACAUGCCAUAGAGGUUCUUUCCUUUGUUUUCCUUGAAUAAUAUUUUCCGUUCAAAAUACCAUUUGCCAUAUAUGUAACAUUAGGCUAUUCAUUAACCAAUCAACCUAUAUCUGUAUUCUGUAAUAUACACGGAUGCUGCGUAUAAGAAGAAAUAAACUGUGCCUUGCAGUCGAGGGUAAAUGCAGAAAUUUUAAUAUGCAAUAUUGCUUUC